UUCGCAACUGUCGUGCAUGGCACAAUCCCUCUACUGUACGGAAGAAAAUAAAGAACUUCUGUAUUUUCCGUCAAAAAAUAUGUUUUUAUGGCUAAAAUAGAAAUGACACCUAAAGGAAGAACAGAGGAUGAACUUUAAAAGGACGGUUUUGGUGACUGGAGGGUCUGGAUUCAUUGGCUCUCAUCUGGUAUGUUCGCUGGUCGCAAGUUACCCAGAGUGGAGGAUUAUUAACUUGGAUAUUUUGGACUACUGCUGCAGUCCCAGGAGUCUGGAAGGGCUUGAAAACAGAGACAACUAUGCUUUCAUUCAGGGAGACGUGUGUAACCCACAGUUGGUGAAUCACAUCUUCAUCACUGAAAACAUUGACGUCAUCUUUCACCUGGCAGCUAAAACACAUGUUGAGUCCUCGUUCGAGUGCCCCUCUGUUUUCCAGCGGGUCAACGUCGACGGAACCAGGGUUCUACUGGAUGCCGCCCAUCGGGCUCGACACCAGCCGCAGCGCUUCGUCUAUGUCAGCACGGAUGAAGUGUACGGAACCAGCCUGGAUGAGGCGUUUGACGAGGGCUGUCCGCUGAGGCCGACCAAUCCAUACGCUGCUACUAAAGCAGCUGCUGAGUAUCUGGUCAGGUCCUACUGGGACAAGUAUCAGUUUCCGAUCAUUAUCACCAGGAGUAACAACAUCUACGGACCCAGGCAGUUCACAGAGAAGGUGAUUCCCAGGUUUCUCACCUUGCUGCAGAACAACAACAAAUGCACCAUCCAGGGAUCCCUGCCCAUAUCCCGCCACUUCCUGUUCGUCAGCGACGCCGUCCAGGCCUUCCUGCUGGUUCUGGAGAAAGGGACGGUGGGCGACGCCUACAACGUGGGAACAAGCGUCGAGAUUCCCAUUGUGCAGCUGGCGAGGGAACUCGUCCGGAUGGUGAAGAAUGUUACCGAAUCUGAAGUGAAUGACUGGAUUGAGUUCGUCUCCAGCAGGCCGCAGGUCGACCUUCGUUACCCAAUCAGGAGUGAGAAGCUGCAGCGGCUGGGCUGGAGAGCAGAGACAUCCUGGGCUGAAGGCAUCAAACAAACAGUGAAGUGGUACCAAGACAAUCCGGACUUCUGGUUGGACUUCGAUAAGGACCAGCGAAUCAGAAAAGAGCCUGAAAACACCUCAAACACAUGACCAGGCGUGGUUUGUCCUGCCUCUUGACUGACAGGAAGACCCGUUUCCCUCUCCAUGAGAUUUGUGACACAGCUAUGGCUGAUUAUUCAGCUCAGGAGCAAAAAUCAUGUCAAUUAUGUUUUGAAUGUGCCAGACGACGGUAAGGCUGAGCCCAACAGUUGGCGCCUGUAAAUCAACGCCUCAAGCUUUUGUAAUAAAUAAUUUUUGCUCAAUUUAA